GGUUAUUGAAAAAUAGUUUGGUAAAAAUCUAUUUUUGAAUAUAUGUAUAUUUUUCAAUCAAUUUAUGAUAUAAAUCAAUUUUGAAUUAUUAUUUUGAUUUGAAAUAUGUAUAUAAAGUUUAAAUUUUGUUUUAUGGUUAGUUUAUAAAAAAAAGUUUUAGGCAAUUAGAUUGACUCAUUUUAAAACUGGCUUAAAUAGAUAGUUUCUUAUAAUAUGAUGGACUUUCAAUUUUUCUUAAUAACAUAAGCCCAUUAUUUUUUUGCUUAAUAAUACUAUCCUUGUUUUCAAACAAAAGUAAUGGUUAUUGAAAAAUUGUUUAGUAAAAAUUUAUUUUUGAAUAUAUAUAUAUAUAUAUAUUUUUCAAUUAAUUUAUGAUAUAAAUCAAUUUUGAAUUAUUAUUUUAAUUUGAAAUAUGUAUAUAAAGUUUUAAUUUUGUUUUAUGGUUAGUUUUGAAAAAAAAGUUUAAAUGAUUUGACACAUUUUAAAACUGACUCAAAUAUAUAGUUUCUUAUAAUAUGAUGGACUUUUAAUUUUUCUUAAUAACAUAAGCCCAUUACUUUUUUGCUUAAUACUACUAUCUUUAUUUCCAAACAAAAGUAAUAUUUUUUUAAAAGACUACAAUCCAUGUUACCAAACACUCUUAUUUUUUAAACUCAUAUACAUGUUUCCAAACAAUCUCAUUUUGUACUUCAGUUUUAAUAAGAUAGAUUCCAACAGAAAUAAAAGAAUUAAAUGACUAGAAACUUAUGGAAACUAGCUCAAGUGGUAUCUAAAGUCUAAACCCAAAUGCAAAUAUAUUGAGAAAAUCCCCCAAAAUUCCAAUUUAUUAAAACGAUUUCUGAUGAUCGUCAGCUUCCCGGAGAAUAACCAACAUGUAAUAUUUAAAUAUGUUAAGCAAAUCCCCAAAUUUAAAUUUAUAAAAAUGUUUUCUGAUGAUCGACAGCUUCAAAAGUAGGAAGUCUUUUUAUCCACUUACGAAAUUGCAAUAAACCCAUACAAAAUUAAAAUGAUCGGAUAACCCCAUUUCGUCUACCCUUUUAAUAGAUUGACCUUUGAUUUAUUCACAUUAAAUUCAUAAAAAUUUUGAUAAAAAAAUUCAUAAAAUUUAAGUGCAUUGGCGUCUGUAGUUUACAACAACCCGAUAUCAUGUCUGAAAUUAAAAUUUAAAACCAUUUUUUUCAGAUAUAUAUAGAAAAUGUACAAGAAAUGUUUAUAUACUCAUCAAUCUAAAAUUCAAAAAAAAAGAACACAAAUACAAAUUCUAAUUAAUUAGCUUAUACUACCUAAUUUGGUAAUUUUUAUGUUUAUAUACACGAUGAAUGAUAUACACAUUAUGUACAUCGUACAUCGUGUACAUAAAUAUAAAAUUACUAUACCGUGUAAGUUUAUCCGAUUUCUUAUUGUCUGCAUAUGAUCUAAAACAUAGUUUUAAUUCAGAAAAAGGAUACAUUUAUGUUACUAAAUUUAGUCUUUCAAUGUUUGUAAAUUGCACCGUACCGUAAUUAAUAUUAACAAAAAAUUUUACAUAUAUUUAUAUACUUAUAUAUUUUAUUACUAUUUGGAUCGUACCGUAUUUGUUUUGUAUGUUGUCAUUUGGACUCAUAGAAUUUAGCCAAGAUGUGAUCUUAUCAUGCAAAUCCAAACUCCUUUCUUCAAAAUGAAACAAUUACAACAAUUAUUCAAAUUACAUUGAUUUAUAUGUUUUGUUUCAUGUGUAAGGUUUCGUCCCAUGAACACAACGCACUAAAGAAAGUAUACACAAACAACUAAUUCCAAGAGAAAUUCACGGAAGUAAAUAUGGAUUCAUGAACUAUCUCUCUCUCCAGGUGUUGAUAACAAGAGCGAGAGAGAUCUUAAGAAAGCUAAAAACAUGGAGUUUGAAAAUUCCUUAAAUCCCUAGAACUUUUCUCACUACGAAACAAGAGCCGAUUUCAUCUCAGAUUUACUUCCCUUUAAUCUCUCCUACUUUUAAUGAUUUUUUAUUUCUUUCUCCUUUUGCCACAUUUUUUUCUCCACCACUUUUGUCUUCCGUUUCUUAUAUAAGUUGUUAUCAAUCAUGUCUCUCUGUUUAAUAUAUGAUACACUUAAACCUAGAAAGAAAUAAAAAUGUGUAGCAAGACGAGCAUUGGAAACUAUGGAGAUGAUUACUCAGGUUCGUGUCCCAAAAAACAGAAGAGUAAUAACAAUGGAAAAAGAAGAGUUCCUCGAAGAGGUCCUGGUGUCGCCGAACUCGAGAAGAUCCGUCUUGAAGAACAACACAUCUCUUCCUCCGCACCACUUCCUCCUCCUCCUCCUCCUCAGCCGGAAAAACCUCCGUCUGUGAUUCAUACGACCACCACCAUGAGAGCCGGUCCGGUUUACCCGUUCCCGUCUUAUUUUACAGCCGGAUCUUUCCCUAGUGAUCUGAUCCCUCCGGCUCCAGUUUUCCAAAGGAAUCACGAUUCGUGUCUUCACUAUCUCCCACCGAUGAAUAUACCGAAUCCAGGGUUUUAUCAGUUUAUAGAGCCCCCUUCAAAUCAACCAUCUUGCCAUGACAAUGUCUCUCAAUUUUCUGACAGCCAAAAGGCAAUUUUAUUAAUUUUAAUUGCGAUCGUGGCGGUAAAAAGGCCAUGGCAAGUUAUGUCAGAGCCUACGAGAUGUGACGUGGGACCGACGGUAACCAUAUCAAGAAAUGGUAAACAAAUCAAGCCCCUUGACCAAAGAUUGAGAAAUCAUUUUCAAGAUUCAGGAACCACAUUUAGAAAUCCAAUCACCAUUGAUUCUCCUUCACCACCAAUUAUACCAAAUUCUUCACUCGAUUUCCCGCGCUUCAUGCAUUAUGAACAGAAGGACGGGUUUAAUCGUGAAAGCAUGCCACAAAGAGGCGUUGUAAAUGCUUCCUCAAACAGAAAACCGUUCUACAGUUUCCUGCCGGCGAAUGAGCAGAGAAAUGACGACCAAGAUCUAUCUAUUAGCUUGAGAACCGAGAAAUAUGACACAGUCACUGAUCAUGGCAUUGAUCUUCGCCUUAAGUUGUAAGCAGUUGGUCUUUUAAGCAAUCUAUAUUUUUUUUUUUGAAACUUCGAAUCUUUACAUCAGUUUGUUGUUUUUGGGACAUUAAAACAAAGAUCUGCCAAAUAUUUGGCUUUAUAUUUGCUUCUUUUUUUCCCAUAAUAGACAAACAUAAUGCAAGUGAAAGAAUCUACACUACCUUAAUUUCAUUUUUGGCUAAACAGAGUUUCACAGGAC